CGCGCGCGUUUGGGAUUGUUGAUGUCGGAGACCGAAGGAAUGGACGUGACGUGAGAGGGAGGAAAUCGGGGAGGAGAGCGGAUUUAUGGAUGCGAGAACUUGGGAGUUUCGUGAUAGAUCGUUUGGGGGAUUCUUUCUUGCUUCUGUUCUACUAUAUCUUUAUUCUCGGGUAUUCGAAGUCGUUUGGAACUUCAGAUGUACGCUGCUCUCAUCUCUCCAUCUCUGCGGCCCCGUUUGCUGCUGUCUGUUUGAAGCCUUAAGCUCGUGGGGAAAAGGAAUCUGUUCUUCCCGGCAAAUGAUGCAAAGCUGCAUCAAGUCAAAGUUUCCUUCGCGUGGCUCUCGUGGCCAUCUACAUUUUUCCAUUACCCUCGUCCGGCUGUUUCCUAGUGCCCCUUUAUCAUGAGACAUAGCCGGCUGUGUUGACACCGAGUUCGAGUAGUAGAUAUUAUUUCCUUUCCCGGCCGGCCGGGUAUGACUCUUUGACAGCGCCGAGUGCCGGCGGC